AACUGUUAUACCGUCCAACAUGGCGGACGAAGUGCUAUGUUUUCAAUUUAUCUAAUAUAACCAACCGUUUGUCCGCAUAGAAUAGGUUUUUCUGCUCAUUAUGUCUUUGAGAGAGUUUUCAGGUAGUCAUUCUCGUAAAACUGAACGGCAAAGACGUCGUUCGAGUUCAUUAUCAUCAUCAUCUUCGUCUAGUCGUUCAUCUUCUAGUUCUUCUGAGAGCUCAGAGAGACGAAGAAAAAGAGAUAAACGUAAGAGAAAACGUUCUUCUGAAAAAAGAGAGCGGCAUUCUUAUAUUUUUAGAAAACUGCAAAAGAAAACGAUGAAGGGUGAAGACGAACAUCGUAAAAAGAAGCGAAGAAAAAUUAGUGACAGUAAGUCUAGUACAAGCUCAGAUUCUGAUUCUGAAUCCUCUGAUUGUAAGUUUAAAUCUAAAUCCAAGGCUAAGAAAGCCAAACAAAAACAUAAGAAAGAAAGAAGAAAAAAGAAGAAAGAAAAAAGGGCUAAGAAAAAGAAAACUAAAAAAGAGAAAAAGAAAACAAGGGAAAUCACCCAAGAUGAAAAAGUUAUCCACAGGGGUACAGAGCAAGAAAUGAAAKAUGAACAAGACGUGGACGUGGGGCCUUCACCUCAAAAUGCAGAACCUAUUCCAAAGAGAUCAAUGGCACCUAUGACUCGUGAAGAAUAUGAAAAACAACAGAGUAAGAUCCGAAGAGUUUAUGACGCGGAAACUGGUCGUCACAGGCUUAUAAAAGGYGAUGGUGAAGUCAUUGAAGAAAUUGUGAGCCAAGAAAGACAUAAAAUGAUCAACAAGAUGGCAACACUAGGAGAUGGUGCUUCAUUUCAAGCUUAUUUACAAAGCAAUCAGUUCACAUGACUUAACUACGUUUGUACAUGUAAAGGAAAACUACGAAAUAUUAUUUUCCUUGAAACUAAGAAUCUCCUCAAGAUAUGAAGCAACUUCAAUCAAGGAUGGAGAAGUUUUUGCAUAUUGCAUACCAACACUGAAAUGAAUCCAAUCAGCAAAAGGUCACAACAACAUGAAAUUUUACCAAACUUUGCACAUUUAAUAUACUGUAUUUUCUUCCGUGCUCACAUUAUAUACUUUAUUUAUUAAUAUAAUACAUUUUAACUUAGUCAGCAACAUACAACAUGUAGCAAAUUCCAUGCAGCAUGUGCAACUAAACCUUGUCCAAUUUGUUUUGGAAAGUUGUAGAUGGACAGAAUGUUUGGACACAUCACCAACAAGGGGACGGCAUGCCGCGACAGUCAUGUCAAAUGACUGCUACACCAUUCACUAUUUACAUUGGUCCCAGACCCAGUCCUAGUAAAACAUUCUCCUAAAGAAAUAAAGAUUCAAAAAAAAAAUUACUAAAAUAAUAAUAAUAAUAUCAAAAAAGUUCACAACUUUGUAAAAAAAAAGCCAAAAUUCUUAGCCUUAUGCACAUUUACUUAUUUUUUUAUACAACAUUUUAUAUUAACAUAACUUAAAAUAACGAAUAACAAUUUCUGGCCAAUUUCUUGUCCAGUCAAACACCUCUUUGGCCAGUUCACUUGACUGGUCACAUGAUGUUGAUCAGUUUAAUAUGGCCAGUCACCAUGUCCAGCCAUUGAAGAGCAAAUAUUUUUGCCCUGCUUUAAGGAACUCCAAAACAGCAGUAAAAAUAAAGAAAGUGACUAACAACCACCCCCCCCCCCUAAAAAAAAUUCCUUCAAUAUUAAAUUCAACUCACCAUCAAGUUAGUAAAAACAAUAUUCAUUGCUUCCUGGAAAUGGUCUUUUUCUCUGACGAAGGGCUGUCCAUUCAUGCCCCCUUUACGUUCCUGUUUUGUGAGGCUCUGUAACACUAGGUCUGCUAUAGGUUUACCAGACUUCCCUUGUGAAGUCUUUUUUAUCUUAGAUUGGUUCCCAAUGCUAAGAAGAGAUUCUUUGACCUAUAGUACAGUGAAGUACAGUGACAUCAAAAUGAAACUGUCUGCAACAGUUUUUAAGAUGUAGCAAGUUUUUUGCUCCGACAUCCAAAUGAACAUACAAGGGUACAUUUAUUGUUUUUAGGGUUCAAUAAUCAGACGGUAUAAGCAUGAGAAUAGAUAAUAAGAUACAUACAGGUAGUGGUAUACAGCUAUCUUGUAAAUAAUGUCCAUCGCAGAUACGAACCAUAAUACUUGACGUACCCUUGGUAAUAUUAAAAGAUACAAUAAAAACUU